AUGAAUGUAGAAAAUUUCAGCGACGACUCGCUACGAUUUUCGCCGAUUCUCGAAAACGAUCAUGCUGGAUACCUUUGGAUCGUGACGAUACUGGGUCUAAUUUAUGGGACCAUGUCAACAGCCUUAAGAGCUCACAUCAAAUGGAGACUCUACGGUCCAGAUGACUAUUGCAUCGCAGUGGCAACUGUGCCUCACUUUAUUCAAUCAGCCUUUGUUCUAUACGGUCUUAACCAUGGUCUAGCCAAAUUCAAUUCCGACAGCAAUCCAGAAGAAUGGCUACUGUCUGGAAAGUCAUUCCUUACCUCUGAAAUCCUUUCAGUCCUCAUCCUCGGCCUGGCCAAAUGCUCAAUCAUCGCAUUGAUGCUUAGGAUAUUCGCGACCGAAAAAUGGAACAACUGGGCUGCAUGCGUGGCACCUCUCGUGCUAUGUGUACUGUGGUGUAUCGGAUCAAUAAUCGCACUCAGUAUCAACUGCGAUAGCGACACUCUACUAACCACAGACAAUCCGAGGCGGUGUCCUGCGCAGUUCGAACGAUGGCGAGGUAUCACAAUUACUGAUAUUGUUACCGAAAUUUUGAUCUUUCUGCUUCCUAUCGCGCUCAUGUGGCCGCUGAACAUGACCAUGAAACGUAAGUUCCAGGUUUCUUUGGCCUUCAGCUUUCGGUUCAUCGUCGUCAUAUUCUCGGCCCUGCACUUGGCACAUUUCAAUGAAUACCCUUCCUCAGCUCAGCCACAAUUUGCCGUCACAAAAACUCUUCUUUUCCAACAAACAAUGGUUGCAUGGGCAUUGAUCUCGGCCACUAUACCGAAUCUGAAAGCUUUUAUGAGAUCUUUCUCUAUGGGUAUGGGAUUUGCACAGGGGUUCGGUGACUCAACCAACGACUCUCACAGCUACCCACUACAGUCCUUGAGCAACAGGUCUACGGCCAGGUCUCAACGACACAUGAGAGCUCCACGCCAACAUGACGACCAGGGUCGCGACGAAGAUCACGACGGCGGGCCGGUACUACGCCCAGAUAUCGCCAAUCACUUUAGCGCAAUCACACAUCGGGAGCGCAGCGUGGAGCACGACGAUGAUACCCACAGCAUCGGGAAAUCGAGCAGCCAGGAAUUGAUCAUUACUAGGAAGGUUCAGUGGGGGAUCGAAUACGAAUGAGGAAGUAAAGUUGGGAGACUUUUUCUUCUGUUUCCCCCCUCGCUUACCGUAGCAAUUUAGGGACUUGGUUUCUCAGUUUCCUUCUCUGCAAUAGUCCCAAGCCUCAAUAGUGGAGCGGUAAUUACAACGUAUGGCGAAUCGAGCACCUCAAGAGACGCGGUGGUGUAUUCUUCCAAGCGCAUUCUCUGUGCUUAGGUAAUUAUUUGUUCAAUCCACUUGUACAAGUUGAUCCCUGCAGCUGCCCCCACUGCGCUGUUUAACAAGUAAAAUGCUUACUCUAACUCGUCCCGGUCGCUAGGGGCCAGCCGCCCGCGAGCCCGCUGACAAGGAUUCACCAAAAUUCAAACUUAGUUUAAUGGGGAAAUGAAACUGAGAGGCAGCGCUUGCGGCCCUCACAAGAGCGGGAACGCUUGCGCCGCCGAUCAGCU